GUAAAUGCACGGCGAAAUCCUGCAGGCAGUGAGGAUGAGAGCUACUAAUCAGUAGAUUAAAUACCUUCAGUUCAUUCUUUUGAAAGUAAUACUCGUUCUACUUCAAAAUAUGACUUCAUUUGAUCCGGAUGCAUCUCAUAGUGCCUUGCUUUAUUUAAUUUAUCACCAUUUAAAGGAGAAUGGUUACAAGAAGGCUGCUAACGUUCUGAAAAAGCAUGUUACUCAGAUAGAAACACCUGAAGAGAUCACCUCUUUACAUGAUAUCUACACAAGUUGGAUCAAGGUCUCAGAAAUUGGACAAAAUGCAAAACAAGAGCCUGAAGUGGAUUCUACCACCCUGAAGAAGAUAAAGGAUGAUCCAGCUACCAAAGAAGAAGUUGUGGAUUUAAAACCAAUCGACAAUCUACCUGCUGGCCCACAAACCCUGCAGGCUGCAGACGCAGAAACACCCAGAAGUGCAACCUCAGAGUGUGAAAAGGAGAGUCCUACUAAAGCCGUUAACGAUGCAGCUCCCACGAAGACUCCUGUCACUACGACUCCCAGUAAAGCAGAGAGUUCAGACAGUGACGACUCAGACCGUGACGACUCAGACAGUGAACACGAGAAACCAGCACCUAAAGCUGCUUCUGGAAGGCCGUCACCUCAGGCUCUAGUCAAGGCAACCCCAGCUAAAGCUGCACCCCAGACAACUAGGAGGAAAGCCCAGGGCUCUGACAGUGACAGAUCAUGCUCAGAGGAGGAGGCUCCUGUAAAGAAACCUGUGGCGACAGCUCCGGUCAAGCCUGUGGCGACAGCUCCGGUCAAGCCUGUGGCGACAGCUCCGGUCAAGCCUGUGGCGACAGCUCCGGUCAAGCCUGUGGCGACAGCUCCGGUCAAGGCAGUGUCAGUGAAAUCCACCCCUGUCAAAGAAACAUCAAAACCAGCUGACAGCUCAGACUCUGAGAGUGAAGAUGCUGACAGUGAGGAAGAGUCCCCUGUUAAGGUGAAUCACACGAUCCGGAUAUCAGCCCUGACACCGAGACCUGGUUCUGUCAAAGUAGCCAAGGCGACCCCAGUAAAGCCCAGUGGAGUAACCCCCAGUCAGACUAAAGCAGCUCCCUUGACUCCUGCUGCUGGGAAGAAAGCCCAGAGCUCUGACAGUGACAGUUCAGAUGAGGAGGAGGAGGCUCCUGAAAAAGCCAAGACCAAGCCAGCUGCCACUCCUGGUAUCAAGACUGUAGCUGUGACCACACCAUUACCAGUCAAGUCCAACAGACCAGCUGUCACUGCUUCAAAACCAGCAGAGAGUUCAGACAGUGACAGCAGUGAAGAUGAGAUUCCUCUAGCACAGAUUACUGGUAAAGUCACAGAGGCUUCAGCUCCCACUAAGACUCCGGUCACUACGACUCCCAGUAAAGCAGAGAGUUCAGACAGUGACGACUCAGACCGUGAACACGAGAGAUCAGUCCUGACAACCAAAGCUGGUUCUGUCAAAGCAACCAAGGGGACCCCAGUUAAGCCCAGAGUCAUCCUCAGUCAGACUAAAUCAGCUCCCAUCACACCUGUUGCUGGGAAGAAAGCCCAGAGCUCGGAAAGUGACAGUUCAGAUUCAGAAACUGAUUUGAAAGUUUCCAAGAAAGCCAAGACCAAGCCAGUGGCCACUCCUGGUAUCAAGACUGUAGCUGUGACCACACCAUUACCAGUCAAGUCCAACAGACCAGCUGUCACUGCUUCAAAACCAGCAGAGAGUUCAGACAGUGACAGCAGUGAAGAUGAGAUUCCUCUAGCACAGAUUACUGGUAAAGUCACAGAGGCUUCAGCUCCCACUAAGACUCCGGUCACUACGACUCCCAGUAAAGCAGAGAGUUCAGACAGUGACGACUCAGACCGUGAACACGAGAAAUCAGUCAUGACACCCAGACCUGGUUCUGUCAAAGCAGCCAAGGCGACCCCAGUAAAGCCCAGUGGAGUCACCCCCAGUCAGACUAAAUCAGCUCCCAUGACUCCUGCUGCUAGGAAGAAAGCCCAGAGCUCGGACAGUGACAGUUCAGAUGAGGAGGAGGCUCCUGUAAAGCAGAAAACCACCCUGACCAAAACCACUCCUAAAGCCUCAGACGCAGCUGUCAAGAGGGAGAACGACAGGUCAGACUCCUCUGACAGUGAGGAUGAUGCUCCAGACGAACAGGCCCCGACCAUUCCCACCCCCAGGCUGGCUAAAGCCCCACCCACAGCCCCUGCUGCAGCUGAGAAGGCCAACCGCUCAGACAGUAGCGAAUCUGACACUGAGGAGGACACCCCAGCUAAAAAGGCAAAGCCCAAACUGGGGGCAUCUGUACCAGUCAACCUUGUAGCAGUGACCACACCAGAACCGGUCAAGUCCAACAGACCAGCUGUCACUGUCUCAAAACCAGCUGAGAGUUCAGACAGUGACAGCAGUGAGGAUGAGAUUCCUCUAGCACAGAAACCAGAAUCUGCACCAAUCAAGAAUGUCGACACAGAAGCUCCUAUCUCAGAAGAGAUAGCUGUCACUCAGGCCCAGGCCACGCCUCCUGUCCGUAAUGUGGGAGGUGCAGAGGAAGAGGAAGAUGAAGCCAAUCCAGUCACACCUACAACAGCACAGGAUGACAACGCUGAUGAUUCAGUAGAUGCUGAAUCUCCUUCUGAAGUCCCUGAGGUGGACACCCCACCUUCCUCUGUGCCAGAGAGUGCAAAGGAGGAAGAGGAGACCCCUGACAGUCCACAGAAACCCCUAACAACGGAUGCUGCUUCAGAGGAGCACAAGGCAGAGGAUCACAUUGUGACCUCCACAACCUCAGAGGACAAGACAGAGGCCGCAGGAGUCCCUGAGGAACCUUCUGCUACAGCUGCUGUGGUCGGACCCGUCGUAGAAGAAGAAUAUAUUAAGGGUGUGGAGCCUCUUAUCGCCAGUUCACCAACUGAGAACCUGGAGCCUGAGAAAGUGACCAUAGAGACGGUUCUUGAGACAGUCCCCACAGAGAAGCCAACCACUGACAGCCCAGCAACGGAGAGGAAGAGGUGCACUGAGACAUCUGAUUUAACUCCUAGUGAUAAAAAGAUGAAGAAGAAGAAGAAGAAGAAAAAUAAGGAAGACGCUCCGGCGAAUUGGGAGCCUACAGAAGAGGGCGAUUCUGCUGAGGUUGAACCAGCUGUAGAAGAGGAAUAUCAAGAAGAUGUUGAGCCUCAUAUCUCCAAUUUACCACCUGAUAACCUGGAGCCUGAGAAAGUGACCAUAGAGACGGUUCUGGAGAAGCGUCUCUAUGAGAAGCCAACUGCAGACACCCCAGCAUCAAAGAGGAAGAGGUGCACUGAGACAACUGACUCAACUCCUAGUGAUGAAAAGAUGAAGAGGAAGAAGAGGAAGAAAAAGAAGGAUGUUCAGGAGAAUGGGCAGCUUCCAAUACAAGGCGAUGAUGAGUCCACAGUGGACGCCAUCCCAUCUUCGGAGUCUAACUCCACUACUCUUGUUCUGUCAGUGAAGUCUCUCAAAAAAACAAAGAAGAACAAAAAGAAGAGGAAGAAAACAAAAAGAGAGCCAAUGGAAAAGGAUGAAAUGACAGAAGUGGUGCCAAAAAAGCAUGGGUUCGAAAAGAGUAAGAAAAAAACAGCAAAUAACAUUAAUGCCAAAGAAUAUCUGAAGGCCACAAAUAAGAAAAGGCCUCUUCCCCCUAUCCAUGAACCAGAAGAGCUAGAGAUUCCCAAAAAUAAGAAGAAAAAAGUCAUAGAGAGUGCUGUUGUGAAGGAAAAUACAACUCCAGUCAUUGAAAAAAAGAAAAAGAAGGUUGAUGAAAACACUGUGAAAGACUCUGACAUCUCUGCCCCUAUACCAAGCCUUCCACACAAGAGAUCCCAAAACAAAAAGAAGAAAAGCAAAUUGAAGGAGAAAAAGGAGAAAAUAAAAAAUGCAUUGAAAAGACCCAAAAAAGCCUCAACAGGACCUGUUACUUGCACACCUGCUAAGAAUACCCCAGGGAAGAAAAAGAAGUCCACCAAAGAGAAAUAACCAAAUGGUAACAUUUCUGGUCAUUUAUGCAAUAUAAUAUUACUGCAAUUUCUAGGAACAUCUUAAUUACACUGGUCUCUACAGUUUCCUCUGAAAGAAUGAACAACACUUCUUCACAUGUAUUGUACUGAACAUCUUUAGUUAGUUUCACCCAUAUGUUUUAUGAAUCUAGUAUGCUUGCUAAAACAGGCACGUACUGACAUAAUUCUUCUCACACCAUUUUAUUUGAUAUGUUGAAUUGGUUCUGUUCAGCAAGGGCACAGCAAACACACUCAAACCCCAUUUUUUAUUAAUUUGAUGAAUUAUAAGACACAUUUAUGAAUUAAUAUUUGCAUGGUUUAGUGCAGCUUUCCAAGUAGUGUUCUAGUUGUAAUACUUUUACAUGUGAAAUUUUAAGUUGUUUAAGCUGUGAAGCCUUUCACAGAAGUUCCUGUGUAAGGAAAGGGAUUUAGAACUCAAAAGUGGAACAUCAUUAAAUCACUCCCAAAUAUUGUACUAUGCACUUAAGAGAUCCUAAUGCUCCACCUACAGCCUUAUGUGUAAGCACUUCUAGCAACACACCCAAUUUGUUUCCAGGGCCCAAAUGGAUAAAAGCUGAUAUUUUAUAGUUGCCAGGGAAAUCUACAUAGUUUCAUGUUUACUGUUGUUUCUGUCACAUUCUUGUGAAAACCACGUCUUCCGUUUGUCAAUUCUGAUCUUUGUCAAUAAAAAUGGUGUAAUCAAA